AUGAACGAAUCCUGUGUCUCCCAGACUAAAGACACCACCAAUGUGACAGCAGAUCCACUGGGGGGCCAUGAGAUAUGGGAGGUGGUGGUGAUUGUACUCAUCACAGGGCCUCUCUCUCUGGUCACUAUCAUAGGCAACCUGCUGGUGGUGAUCUCCUUCCGGGUCAACAGGCAGCUACGCACCUUCAGCAACUACUUCCUGCUGAGCCUGGCGGUGGCGGACCUGAUCCUGGGGGCAGUCUCUAUGAACCUCUAUGCUGUUUAUAUUAUCAUGGGACGCUGGACCCUGGGCAGCCUGGCCUGUGACGUCUGGCUGGCUGUGGAUUAUGUGGCCAGCAAUGCCUCCGUCAUGAACCUGCUGGUCAUCAGCUUCGACCGCUUCUACUCCAUCACCAGACCGCUCACCUACCGGGCCAAGCGCACCACAGGCCGGGCAGCCGCAGCCAUUGGCCUGGCCUGGGCCGUGUCCUUCAUCCUGUGGGGGCCGGCCAUCCUGUUCUGGCCCCAUGUAGUGGGCAGGGCGUCACAGGACGCGGGUAAAUGCUCUGUCCCGUUCCUGACCGAGCCUGCUCUCACAUUCGGCACGGCCAUUGCUGCCUUCUACCUUCCUGUCACCAUCAUGGGCAUCCUGUACUGGAAGAUCUACUGGGAGAUCGAGAAGCGAGCCCAGGGUCUGGAGGGGCUAAUGGGGUCUGGGAGCAGUGGAGGGCCCUCCCAGGCGUCUGUGGGAAGGUCUGUCUACUCCAGCAGCACCAAGAGCAGUGUCAGCAGCUCCAGAGAGGUGCCUGUGGGCAGGGAGCAGAGCAGUGAGGGGUCCCAGGGCUGCUUCCCUGUGAGAGAGGAGCCUAAACAGAGCAGUGGGAGGAGAAUAGCAACAUUGUCAUUGUCUCCCACCAAGGGGGGCUACAGGGAGGGCUGCAGAGACAGCACCUGUAAUGUAGAUGAGGAAGAGCCUACUGUCUCACUCUCCUCCUCAGAUGAAGAACUAGAGCAGAAGCAGCAGGGGGCGAGCGCUAAGACAAGCCCGAAAGCCAUGAUCCCACUCAGAGACAUCCAGGGCAGGGACACUGUAGGGGCCAACAAACCCCUGACCUCUAGGGCAGAGGACAGUGCCGCAGGGCCACAGGGCAGGCAGUCCCCCCUAAAGGGCUCCACAUCAGACUCCAGACGCUGCAAGCAGCCCAAAGCCAAGAGGAAGAACAUGAUCAUCAGGGAGAAGAAGGCAGCCAGGACCCUGUGUGCCAUCCUGCUGGCCUUCAUCCUGACCUGGACACCCUACAACAUCAUGGUGCUGGUGUCCAUCUUCUAUUGCGUGCCUGAGAAGCUGUGGCAGCUGGGCUACUGGCUAUGCUACAUCAACAGCACAGUCAACCCAGUCUGCUACGCCCUCUGCAACGAGCACUUCAGAGUCACCUUCAAGACAUUGCUGCUCUGCCGCCCGGGACAGAGGAACUGGGGAAGGGCUUAUAAUGUCAACCAUGCCUCGUUCAGGACACACAAGACCAGCAGUACUGUCUGA